AUGAGCACAGAGAAUCUCCCGUGGGUUGAGAAGUACAGACCGUCGACUCUGGACGAGGUGAACGGACAGCAGCACGUAGUUCAGACGGUGCGCAAGUUUGCCAAAGACGGGCGGAUCCCGCACCUGCUUUUCUAUGGGCCUCCGGGCACGGGCAAAACGUCCACCAUAAUUGCAUUGGCGCGCGAGCUUUACGGGAAGAACUACCGUAACAUGGUUCUGGAACUGAACGCGUCGGACGACCGUGGAAUUGACGUUGUGCGGGACCAGAUCAAGAACUUUGCCAGCACCCGGCAGAUUUUCAACUCUGGGUUCAAGCUGAUCAUCUUGGACGAGGCUGAUGCCAUGUCGAACGCUGCGCAGAACGCACUUCGGCGGGUGAUCGAGAAGUACACCAAGAACACGCGGUUUUGCAUUCUGGCCAACUACUCGCACAAACUGAACCCGGCACUGUUGUCGAGAUGCACGCGGUUUCGGUUCUCUCCGUUGCCGGACUCGGCGCUGCAGGAGCGUGUGGACGCGGUGAUCAAGGCGGAGAGGCUGCGGAUUGCGCCGGACGCGCGCGAGGCGCUUCUGGAGCUGAGCGAAGGCGAUAUGAGACGGGCCCUGAACGUUUUGCAGGCGUGCUCCACGGCCGUGGACGACGGCGAGGAGAUCUCCCAGGACAUGGUGUACGAGUGUGUGGGGGCCCCGCGUCCGCAGUCGGUCAACACCGUGCUGGACGCGAUCAUGAAGAACGACUGGACCGACGCGUACGCUACAAUGACCAAGGUCAGAAAGACCGAGGGACUGGCGCUCGUGGAUCUGAUGGCCGGGUUUGUGCGCAUCCUGGACGGGUUCGAGCUCCGGCCGCGCACCAGAACGGCCAUUUUGCACGGUCUCGGCGAUAUUGAGUACGGAAUCAGCAAAGGUGGCAGCGAUAAGAUUCAGAGCACAGCCGUGAUUGGCGUGAUAAAAAAUGCGCUCGAAAAUGAAGCAGCCUGA